UUUACAUUCACCAGUAGUUGAGUUCAGUUCAGGGUUUGGAGGCAGAUUCAAUCACAUUGUCUGCGAUACAGUUUGUAAUAUUUUCUGUUGAAAUCCAAUUCAGUUUUCAAUAUUUCUUAAUAAAUAGUAAUGAGCCAAAAGGCGAAAACUAUCAAGAAUGCCAAAACUACAAAAAGCAUUCGUAAUGUGCUGGUUCAACCAUUUAAAACAGUUUGGCCUUCUGUUGGUUCUGAAGAGGCGAUAAAAAUUAAUAAUAUGAUCAACAAACUUACCAGCCCACAUGUUGUUCAUGGCACAAAUCCUGUUUCACAUCUGCUGAGUCAAGGUCAAGCAAGUGCCCUGUUCAUCACAUCCGAUUUCCACCCGCAAAUCCUCGGGAAGCAGAUUAUCCAGAUGGCACGACGAAACUGUCCGCAAAUACAGAUUCUGGCACCCGAAUGCCUCAAGUGGUCUGAUACACCGGAAAAAUUGAUUGCAAUCCGCAGCGCUUACAGAGAUCAACCGGAAAUCGUCGAACUAUUGCAAUAUGUGGCCCAUAUUAUCAAAUCCAAAGAGUACGAUAAAGAGCAGAUCAAUUCGAGUUCCAGCAAAAAGAUCACUCAAGCGGAACAAAAUAACGUCGAACGUGCGCCUCCUGUAGAAUUACCUCGCCUUCACCUGAACCGACUUGCCGAAAAUAAGCGCACAUUCAUUCCGCAGGUUUCCAUUUUUGCCACGAAGCAACUUGCAGCUUCCCCAAAGAACGAUUGGAGCGAAUACAUCACUCUGAAGAGAGGAAGAUCCGAGACGGAAACGGCAGAUAAAACUAAACCUAAGAAGAAGUCAAAAACAACGCCUACGAAGUCAGAUGAAAAGGUAUCGUCUUCGUAUAUCCCCUUGACGGUGAAUCGUGUUCAAGGGAAUCCUAACAGGAAGGUCGAUAAGAAGAAGAAAAUAUGAAAUUAAUAAUUGAAGUCAAUAUACGUUCUUGUUUCAGUUGAA